AUGGCUUUCUGGGGUAUUGAGGUGAAACCUUGGAAGCCUGCCGUUCAUUCAACCGAAAAGGCUCGAGGAAGGCUCCGAAUCUCUCAGGCCACUCUGGGUAUCGGCGGUGCUAAGGAAAAGAGUAUAGUCCAGUGCAAUGUGGGUAAAAGAAGUCCAGUUCUACUCUGUGUUUUGCUUCCCAACCUAACCGAGUCUUGCCACCUGGAUCUGGAAUUUGAGGAGGCCGAUGAUGUUGUAUUUUCUGUUGUUGGCCCCCGAAGUGUGUACCUCACUGGCUAUUACGUCUCUAAAAGUCGACCGUCCAAUCCCCACAGUGAUACAGAAUCAUAUGGGGUGGAUAUUGAAGAUAGCCUCACAGAAAAAUCGAGUUACGGUAGCGAAGAUGACAAAUAUGAGGACAGUUUCAUUGAUGAUGAUGAGAUGAAAUUUCGUUCACCAUCCCCUGUCUCAAGCAGCGAAGAGAUGCAUGAUGUGAAGAGCAGAAAGGGUCGUGGCAAGCGACUCAGGAAGAAAACUCAGGUUGUGGAGUCAGAUGAUGAGGCUAACACAUGUGAAAGUGUAGAUGAUGAUGACUGCCUUUUAUCUAUAUUUAAGAGUAAAAAAGAUGCAAAGAAAAAUUCCACCGAUGCUGGGUAUAUUGAUCAGGCAACUGUCGAAAAGGCUGAAAAUUUGGAAAACGGGGGUGUGAGUAGCAAAAUAUCAGAGAAAAAUGUUGAUUUUGAGGAUGAACAUGGAAAACCAGAAAGAGGAAAAACUCGAAGGAAGAGAAAAGAACACCCGGGGGAUGAGAAGGCCAUUGAAGUUCAGUUUGAAGGCACAAAUUUGGAAAUUGGAGACUGUUUGUUGCCUCCUCCAGAUUCGGUCUCUGAAGAUUGUGAAAAAUCUAAAAAGAGGAAAAAAGGACAUCAGUUGAAGGGGACAUUCUGUGACGAGCCUGACGUGAAAUGUCAUAAUAAGCAUGAUAGGCCAGCAGAAAAUGGCAAUCAGGAGCAAAAAGUUGAUAACAAUGUCAGUACAAAUUCCGAGCUACUUGAUAAUGUUAACCAACCCGAGAAAAAAAGCAAGAAAAAGAAAAACAAGAAAACUCAAUUUCAAGGAGAUUCUGGCUUAGAGUUGCCUAGCACAACAGAUGAUCAAAACAACACAUCCAUGAAAAUUGAGGAACAAACUAUACAUGAAAUGCGGAUUCCAAAGAGGACCUUAUCAAAUGGGUUGAUUAUUGAGGAGUUGGCAAAUGGACCACUAGAUGGAAAAGUUGCUGCACCAGGAAAGAAGGUAAAAAUUUAUUACACUGCCAUGCUGAGGGAGAAUGGCCAUGUAAUCGACUCAAAUGUGGGCAAAAGUGCUUUCAAGUUUCGUUUAGGUGAUGAGGGAAUUAUGGAAGGAUGGAAUCUUGGUAUCGAUGGUAUGCAUGUCGGUGACAAGAGACGACUCGUAAUCCCACCACCCAUAGGGUGCAGUUCGGGCAAGCAUGGAGCUGUGGAGAAUGUGCCGCCAGAUUCGUGGCUCGUGUAUGAUAUUGAAUUGGUUGGUGUCCGCAGACAUUAG